CGACCUCUGACGUUCUGACGCACUGUCACUUUAAGAAGCAGCGAUGCAUCACACGCACGCGCCUCGUGUCCUCUCCGGCUCCAUGGCAGCAGGAUGCUGCAGGAUGCUGCAGGAUGGAGCCUGAUGGAGCAGGAUGGAGCAGGAUGGAGCCUUGGCUGCGGCGGCUGCGUCUCCUCCUCCCGUUGCCACCGGCGACCGAGCUGCGACCGUCGAGUCUGGCGGGAACCGACUGAGUCUUUUCCACGAUGAACCGCCUCGAGCUGCUGUGACGUUUGGCCUUGACGCGUCGUAGCGUCCGACAGAACCAGAUACAUUCAUGUCUCUCGCUCCGGGUCGGAGGUCGUCCUCAGGUCAGCGCAGGCGCUCAGUGGGCACACCCACCCACGCCUACCCGGGUCGGGCCCGCCCAGCAGAACCUCAGCCGAGUACACCCAGGCGUCAGGUGAAGCAGACGCUCUGCAGCGACAGCCAUGGGAUCCGGCCCCCGGCCCCGGAGCAGUACCUCACGCCCCUGCAGCAGAAGGAGGUUUGUAUCCGACACCUGCGAUCCAGACUGAGGGACAACGUGGAGCGACUCCAGCACCGGGACUGUGAAAUCGACGAGCUGAGGACGCAGCUGUACCGGAUGCAGGAGGACUGGAUCGAGGAGGAGUGUCACCGCGUGGAGGCCCAGCUGGCCCUGAAAGAAGCUCGCAAGGAGAUUCAGCUCCUGCAGGAGGUGGUGGAGUCGGUGAGGACGGGCCCCGGAGCCCGUGAGCACGACCCCCACGACCACAGGCCGUACUCGGGGCUGCAGGCGGCUCGGCCGGUGGGGCGGUCUCGCUCCUGCGGCUGUUCUCCGGCCAGCACCCUGAGCCGCGGCGCCGCCUGCACCCGGCGGAGCAGUGAGGCGCUGCAGCUGGAGCAGCGCAGCUCCAAUGCCACGGAGGCCAGCGCAGCGCCGCGGACCCACCUCCUGCUGGACGCGGCCCUGCUGACAGAGCAGUUGCCACCCAAGGGCCACGUCCGGGGGCCCCCGCCCCUCCCACGCUCCUCCACCUAUGAGAGGCUGUGCAGUGGGGGCACCGUGCUGCCGGUGUCACACUCCUGUCACACGCUGAGCGGCAGCUGCAGGUGCAGCGGACCCUCGUACCCCCCCCACCAUCACCUGUUCCUGCACUUGCCUCAGGAGGAGCCCCUGGUUAUGGCGGCGCCCCGUGCAGGCCCUGUCACCGAUCCGCUCCCCACGCCCGCCCCCGUGGCAAAUAGGAGGCCUGAGGUCCGAUCACAGGCCUGCAGCCCGACCAUGUCCUGGCUGUCGGACCACGACGGCGCCGCGGAGCUCAGCUUCAUUUCUUUAUCCACAGUGGACGACGUCGCCCCCCCAGACCCUCAUCUGCUCCCCACAACUCCACCUACUGAGUCCUGCAGCUUAGAGCCGCGACCUUGCGACAAACCAGAGGAGGAAAUACAGAUUCCAGGGGAGCUUCACAGCUGCCGGCCCCCCGGGUCCCGGCCCCCUGGGUCCCGGCCCCCCGGCUCCAUGCCCCCCCCUGUGAGGCAGGAGGCCACGGUGCUGCAGGUAGAGGAGGACGAUGUGGAGGAGGAUGAAGAAGCCGUGGCCCCUCCGCUGUGCCACUGGAGCCGCUACUUCCUGGUUGACCUUUUGGCCCUGGCGAUGCCCGUGGUCCCGGCCGUGGCGUGGCUGUGUCGCGGGGCCCCGCGCGGCGUCGUGCCGGUCUAUCACAUCGGCUCCCUGCUCAGAGGCUGCUGCGCCGUGGCGCUCCACUCGCUGCGCCGCCAGGCUGCAGGCGGCGGGCGCAGGUCGACCGGCGGGAGCGAAACGACCACGAUCUGACGCUGAGAACACGACGUGUUGUUCACCCUCUGUUAAGUUUUUAGAUUUGAAUUGUUGUGGUCCUGCCUGCAUUAGAGAACAAACCAUGACUUUUACUUUAUUAAUAUCUUCAAUAUACUGUAACUACUGCUGCCUGCAGGUGAAACGUUUUCUCUCUUUAUUGCAGUUUGCAUGUGACUCACGUCUGAUCGGAUGAACCAACUCCUGUUUAUUGGAUCAGAACAAGUAGAAGACAAAUAUCUGCAUCUGUUUUGAUUUCAUCAUCACAUUGUUCAAAUUGUUAAUAUGAAUAUGGGACUUUUCUUUUGUUUGCAUCAAUAAGGCAGAAAACAGGAAAAUACUGAAUCUGUUUUAAAGCUGUCGCUACUUCUAGAUUUUGAAAAACGUGGAGCAUGUGCAUCCGGUGACCGAGUUAUGAUUUACAUGACGGAGAUAUGACAAACUUAAAAUGUAAAUAAAUUAAUGAAUUAAUAAUAAGGACCGACCUGCGUUCGUCUCUCCAGUAGGUUGGGUUGUUUCAGUUUGUUUAUAAAUAUUUCUAUAAUAACCAGAUUCAGAGGAAUGAAUGUUUGUGAAGAGAAGACUGAUUUUUAUACCAUGAUAUAUUUUCAAAUGAUUCAUGAAACAGAAUGUUUGCACAGUCGGAGGUGAAAGAGUUAUUAUUCUUUGUGCCAGUUCCCAUCAUAGCGCUGUAUUGUUAUUAAUAACCAUGUACAGUUUGUAUCAUAGUUUUAUAACUGUUCCCUUUGGUGUCGCCUGAGCUGACGUACAGAAAACAGACAGUUUCAGACUUAUUAUACAAAAAAUACUAACGUUUUAGCUUCAGGGACGUUUCCAAUAAGAUUUUAUUGAAGAUGAUUCAUCUUCAAUCAGAAGAGUGGAUGUUAGUGUUAAUAAAAUCAGCACGUCAUCAUUCCUUAUUCUGUCACUUUAACUUUCAUCGGCCUGAAAAUAAAAAGAUUAUUCAUA